GAACCCUCCAGGGCGUGCCCGUAGUGACGUCACCCUCGUGGGGGCGUGGCCGCGUGGCGGCCGUUCGCCGAGGGGGCGUGCCCUCCGCGCGUGACGUCACCGCGCGGGCGCGUCCGCCCGUGCGUGACGCUCCCGCCAGUGCCCAACAUGGCGGCGGGCGGCGGCGGCGGCGGCUGUGGGGGGACCCCGCUCUCGCCGGGCCCGUUCCUGCCGCCGCUGCUGCUGCUGCUGGCGCUGCCCGGCGGCGCCGUUCCCGCGGCCGACACCGUAGUGCUGGGGCUGCGCCUGGAGGAGAGCACCAAACCGGCGGCGGCGGCGGCGGUGGCACCGGCGGGGGCGGCCGAGCGCGGGCCCAUCCGCCUGACGGAAGGCAGCGAGGCCUUGCUGCGGCUCUACGGGCUGGGGCUGGGCCCCGGCGCCGCCGAGCGCGUGGCCUUCGCCGAGCUGCGGCCGGGCGGCAACGCCUCGAGCGGCAACGCCACGUGCCAGGAGCGCUCGCAGGACCUGGUGGUGCGGCCCGGGCCCGCCGAGCCCCGCGACACCUCGGCCCUGCUCCGCGUGCGGGUGCAGCCGCUGCGCAAGGACGAGAGGGCCAAGACCUACGUGCUGUGCUCGCAGCGCCGGCCCGGCCAGCCCUGGCUGCCGCACCAAGGGCCCGACGGGCACGUGGUGGUGCUGGAGGAGAAGAAGUCGCUGCUGCCGCUGUGGUUGCAGGUGAUUCUGAUCGCGGGCUUGUUGGUGCUGUCGGGGAUGUUCAGCGGGCUCAAUUUGGGGCUGAUGGCGUUGGAUCCCAUGGAGCUGAGGAUCGUGCAGAACUGCGGCACCGAUAAGGAGAAGCGUUACGCCCGCAGGAUCGAGCCCAUCCGCAGGAAGGGGAAUUACCUGCUCUGCUCGCUGCUGCUGGGCAACGUGCUGGUCAACACCACGCUGACCAUCCUGCUGGACGACCUCAUCGGCUCCGGCAUCGGCGCCGUGGUGGCCUCCACCAUCGGCAUCGUCAUCUUCGGCGAGAUCGUGCCGCAGGCGCUGUGCUCGCGGCACGGGCUGGCCGUGGGCGCCAACACCAUCGUGGUCACCAAGUUCUUCAUGCUGGUCACCUUCCCGCUGUCCUACCCCAUCAGCAAGCUGCUGGACUGCAUCCUGGGCCAGGAGAUCGGCACCGUCUACAACCGGGAGAAGCUGGUGGAGAUGCUGAAGGUGACGGAGCCCUACAACGACCUGGUGAGGGAGGAGCUCAACAUGAUCCAGGGAGCGCUGGAGCUGCGCACCAAGACGGUGGAGGACGUGAUGACCCCGCUGCAGAACUGCUUCAUGAUCAACAGCGACGCCAUCCUGGACUUCAACACCAUGUCGGAGAUCAUGGAGAGCGGCUACACGCGCAUCCCGGUCUACGAGGACGAGAGGUCCAACAUCAUGGACAUCCUCUACGUCAAGGACCUGGCCUUCGUGGACCCCGACGACUGCACGCCCCUCAAGACCAUCACCAAGUUCUACAACCACCCCGUGCACGUGGUGUUCCACGACACCAAGCUGGAUGCCAUGCUGGAGGAGUUCAAGAAGGGGAAGUCCCACCUGGCCAUCGUGCAGAAGGUGAACAACGAGGGCGAGGGCGACCCCUUCUACGAGGUGCUGGGGCUGGUGACGCUCGAGGACGUCAUCGAGGAGAUCAUCAAGUCGGAGAUCCUGGACGAAUCCGACACCUACAUUGACAACCGCAGCAGGAAGAGGGUGUGCAACCAGAAGAACCGACGGGACUUCUCGGCCUUCAAGGACCCCGACAACGAGCUGAAGGUCAAGGUGUCACCUCAGCUCCUGCUGGCCGCCCACCGCUUCCUGUCCACCGAGGUGACCCUCUUCACCCCCAACUUCAUCUCGGAGAAGAUCCUGCUGCGGCUCCUCAAAUACUCCGACGUCAUCCAGGAGCUCAAGUUCGACGAGGAGAACAAGAAAUCCCCACGGCACUUCCUGUACAGCAAGAACAAACCGGCCGACUACUUCAUCCUCAUCCUGCAGGGCAAGGUGGAGGUGGAGGCUGGCAAGGAGUGCAUGAAGUUCGAGGCAGGAGCCUUUUCCUACUACGGGGUGAUGGCCCUGAGUCCUCCUCCUGGAUCUGAGAUCCGUUCCCCGUCCCACAUGAGCGGCCUGAACCGCUCGGCCUCGCUGAGCUACCACGAGCGCUCGGACUCGGGCUCGUCGCCGGUGAGCGGCAGCAACAACCAGCUCAACGCCGGCGGCGCCCAGUACGUGGCCGACUUCAGCGUCCGCGCGCUCACCGACCUCCAGUUCGUCAAGAUCACGCGGCAGGAGUACCAGAACGGGCUGCUGGCCUCGCGCAUGGACAGUUGUCCCCAGUCCCCCGACAGCGCCGCCCCCAAAGCCGACCCGGCCAUCCCGGAGAAGCCGGAGCCGCCGGCGCCGGCCGACGAAACCACGAGUUUGCUCAACGAGAGGAACUGCCUGAGCCGCCGGAGCAACCACAGUGGCCUGGAGAACUCCAUCUGACCCCGGCCGCGCCGGCGCGCUGCGGCGUGCCCGGCGUGCCCGGUGCAGGGACCUUUUCCCGGUAGGAUGAGCCGGUGGAGGAUGAGGAUGAGGAUGAGGAGGAGGCGUGGUGGGGAUGGAGGAGCUGGGAUUGGCUGCUGCUGUUCCAGGCCGGCUCCAUCGGUUUGGGAUGGACGGAGCGGCGCCGGCACUGCCGGCACGGCGCCGACGGCUCAGGGAGCUUCGGGUCUCGGUUUGCCGUGGGGACCCUGGGGAUGGAAAUCCCAGCCCUGUCAGGAGAUCUGGGAUGGACAUCCCAACCCUUCCAGGAGAUCUGGGGUGGAAAUCCCAACCCUGCCAGGAGAUCUGGGGUGGACAUCCCAACCCUGCCAGGAGAUCUGGGAUGGACAUCCCAACCCUUCCAGGAGAUCUGGGAUGGAAAUCCCAACCCUUCCAGGAGAUCUGGGGUGGACAUCCCAACCCUUCCAGGAGAUCUGGGAUGGAAAUCCCAACCCUGCCAGGAGAUCUGGGGUGGAAAUCCCAACCCUGUCAGGAGAUCUGGGGUGGAAAUCCCAACCCUGCCAGGAGAUCUGGGGUGGACAUCCCAACCAUGGCAGAGUCCAUCCCAAUCCUUCUAGGAACCCCAACCCUGCCAGAAGCCCCAGGAUGGAAAUCCCAGCCUUUCCAGGAAAUCUGGGAUGGACACCUCAGUCCUUCCAGGGUCCAUCCCAACCUUUCAGGGACCCCAGGAUGGACACCUCAAUCCUUCCAGGACCCUCAGGACGGACAUCCCCACCAUGCCAGAGUCCAUCCCAAUCCUUCUAGGAACCCCAGCCCUUCCAGGAAUCCCAGAAUGGACAUCCCAACCCUGCCAGGACCCUCAGGAUGGACACCCCAAACCUUUGGGAUCCUUGGGAUGGCAAUUCCGUCCCUUUGGGGUCUCCUGCACGAUUUUGGGAUGGGAAUUCCAUCAAUUUAGCUUCUCCUACCCAUCCUGGCAUGGGAUUUCCAUCCCUUCAGGAUCUCCUUCACCAUUUUGGGAUGGGAAUUCCAUCCCUUUGGAUCUUCUACCCAUCCUGGGAUGAGAAUUCCAUCCCUUUGGGGUCUCCUCCACCAUUUUGGGAUGUCCUGGGAUGGGAAUCCUGACCCCGUUCUGGUGGUUUUGGGGUCUCCUGGAUGAAUCCCAGCCCCUUCCCCGCUGGCCCGGGGAUUUUGAGGUCUGGAUUUUGGGGUCUGACUUUGAGAUCUGGAUUUUGGGAUCAGGACUUUGUAGGGUCUGACUUUGAGGUCUGAACUUUGGGGUCCAGAUUUUUGGGUCUGGAUUUUCAGGUCUGACUUUGGGGUCUGGUUUUUGGGGUGACACAGCGCUAGUGACCAAAGUUGUACAGGCAGGAGGGGGCUGAGGGUCCCCCCAAAACCCCCCUGGGGUUUUUUGGGGUCAGAGCCUGACCCCAAAGAAACAAAAAUAAGCACAAAAGUUCCCCCUGGGUGAACUCCUGUAAGUUAUUGGGAGAAGGUUGAAUUAUUUUUGUUAAUCACAUCUCGACGAUCAGUUCCUAGCUCCUUCCGUGGGGAGAUUUUAGAAAUAAUAAUAAUAAUUAAUUAAUAAUAAUAAUUAAUAAUUAAUAAUAAGCCAGAAAAGAAGAAAAAAAAAAACAAAAAACUUUUUUAUUAAAUCUUCCUCUAUGCAAACCCCUCC